CCACAACACCCCCGGUCUUAAUACCACUCAACACUUGCCUGCCCUUGUGGAGGUCGCAACACCUUCUUACAACAUUCUGUAUUACUUCUGAGCCUCUCUGCACAAGUCAGGACACUUCUUGCGUCGCUACAGCCUCAGCCCCCAUAGUCGCGUUAGCGACACACAUUGAUCCUUCGACCGCAUCCGUACCGCAUCUGCUAGCUAUCUCAUCGUUGCUCUUUGUCAGUUCGUCCAAGAUUCGCUCAGUCAGAUCUCCUUACUUCCUACACUGCACAAGCUCAGCUUGCCCGCAACACUUGAUCUCGUCACGACCCACAGCCUUGCCCGCGACCCGUACUUCGUGUCAUUUCGUACCUGUUAGAUCUUACCAGGUAUUUGGCUUCGGGAAUCUGAAAGGAAGAGCUGGAUUAAAGAAGAGCCACAGAAGGCCAUGCUGUCAGCGCAGCGUGGGAAGAAUGGCGAGCCGCAACCCGCCCCGGUUGCGGUGUCCCAUGAGGAUGCAGCCAGCAAGCGAGAUCUCACCUCAUGGUGGAGGCAGUUCAAGCGUGGUACGGCGAAACGUGAAGAAGAAAAAGCCGAACCGCUCAACACGAUCUUUGGCGUACCUCUCUUGACCAGCGUUCGCUAUGCCAAUGUCGCCAUUUCACUGUAUGAUCAGGAUGGAAAGAGCUACAUAUAUGGCUAUGUGCCGAUAAUCGUCGCCAAGUGUGGCGUUUUCCUGAAGGAGAAAGCGACCGAAAUAGAGGGUAUCUUCAGAUUAAGUGGAUCUGAGAAGCGCAUCAAAGAACUCAGAGCUGUAUUCGACUCUCAAGAGACCCGUUUUGGUAAAGGUCUUGACUGGUCCGGAUUCACCGUUCACGAUGCGGCCAACAUAUUGCGUCGCUACUUCAAUACCCUCCCUGAACCAAUCAUACCUCUUCAGUAUUACGAGCAAUUCCGCAAUCCCAUUCGGGGACAUCAGGCACAGGCUGUCGGCGAGAUUGAUGGACAGGGUCCGAUCGUUGGUGACUUCGAUCCGGAUGCUGCUAUCAAGAGACUCAAAAACCUGGUGACUGAAAUUCCUCCACUCAAUCGGCAAUUGCUACUUUACAUUUUGGAUCUCCUCGCUGUCUUCGCUGCAAAGUCUGACGUCAAUAAAAUGACUACAGCCAAUCUUGCCGCUAUUUUCCAACCUGGCAUCCUGUCUCAUCCUAACCAUGCGAUGGCACCCCCGGAAUAUCGUUUGAGUCAGGAUGUCUUGAUAUUUCUCAUCAAUAACCAAGAUCAUUUCUUGAUCGGUAUGCAAGGAACUGCAGCAGAUGAGAAGACAGUUCAAGAUGUUCAAAACGGGCCACCCAAACAAGCAUCAACCCCGCCUCGCAAAUCGGGUGUGAGCCGCUCAGCAUCAAACGCCAGCGCAGGUGCAGAAAGCCUGCGCAAAUUUGGUGGUAUCCGACGAAACGUGUCGGUAUCAUCCAGAAAUUCCAGAGGCUCUGUUGUUGCGCCGCAAAGCCCUGCUACACCGUCCCAUGCCACAAGCCCAACAAUUGGCGUUCAUCGAAGCAACACCGUACCUUCCAAGAAGUCUCCAGCUGUCGGUAUUGCACGAUUUGCGAGACCAGGAGAAAAGCGCUCUGAACCUCCCACACCUACCUCAACAGGCACGUCGAGCACAGCCCAGGCAGUGAGUUUAUUGUCUACUGAACCAUCUAAGUCACCCGCUCCGGCCCAGGUUCCUGUUCUCGCUCAUGUUGAUGUGCCUGCAACUGCCGCCGUACCCUUAGCAACUUCCGAGGUCGCGGCCCCGCCAAUUGAAGAUACUACACCGCGCGCCGAACAGCCACAAGUCAACCCAAUUGAGUCCGUACAGCUAAGUGAAAAUGAGAAAAUUACCCAGAAGACAGCUGCACCCACCGUGGAAUCGUCUGGUUGUGUCACAUCGGAGCAGAUACCUGCAACGAUUCGCGAAGAAGAGUCAGCCGGAGGCACUACACCAACUGCUCCAGCAUCUGGCUCCUCAAGAACCUUGACUCAGAUGUUCUCUCGCAACUUGGCAUACGAGCAGUCGGAGAAGGGUAAAGAUAUUCGCAGACCAAAUAAACUCCAGAAGAAACGUGGACCGAGCAGCGCGAAUCUCAGUGCGCACAGCUCAACUCAAUCUCUCACUGGCGUCAUAUCGAACGACACACCGCUUUCACCUGUCCUUCUCGGAUCAUCUACCACACUUCAAGGUUCGACCAAGGAGGCAUUUCCUACCAGUAUGAUUGACUCAAAUCAAGCCCCAGGAGUGACACUGAUGCGACCAGCGUUGUCUCCAUCUCCAUCUCACCGAUCAUAUUCGACUAGCAACGAUCUUUCGGAGGCUGAACAUGGCGACGAGACCCCUGGAGCGGGUACCGCUGUCGAGCCAGAUAAGAAGCAUCGUUGGCGUCUGUCUAACCACCAGAAUAAGCACGAGUCUAAGCCAGGUGAUCUUGGUUCUAAUGCAGGCGCCCAACAGAGCAUGAGUUCUUUCACUAGCAGCGCAGGCGGUCGUGGACGUAAGAGUUUCGAACCAAUCACACAAUGGGGAUCAGAAUCGUCGGCCUCGACCGGUCAGCGCGGCCUCGAUGCUGAGAUUGGAUCGCCGCCCAAGGAACACCGCGGUUUAGGUGGAUGGCUCAAAGCCAAGCUAGGUGACAAGAAAGAUCGAGCAAAGAGUCCACCUGAAUCUCAGGGACAAAGACAGCAGCUUCAGGGAACCGACGCUCCGAGUCGCGGCAAAUCAAUGGAGGUUGCGAGAAGAGACUCGGACCAGACGGUAGAGACAAUUACCAGGCCGCCAACCGCUGAGAAAGCUGGUGCUACCGCAGCGGCAGUAGCAGCCGCGCAGACGUAUCCGAGUGCCAUGCAGGCGAGUAACAAGAUGCCAGCAGGACCUGUAUCGGCCACCACGCAGAGUGUCGACUCGGCCGCAGCAAAACCAACUACUACCCAAGACACUUUUCCCAAGGUCGAAGGCUAACAAUACGGUGCACAUGUGAAGCAGUGCAGGACCAAUUUGGGAGUGCAUAGGACGAUUUCAUUUGCAAUUGUAUUGAUGGGAAUUGAAUAUGGCAUGUUGAUUCUUUGGGCUAUGCUGAGGAGAUUGUUGUGGAUACCCCCGGACUGGACUGUCUCACUGACAUGUAUUGGAGGAUGAGAAGAAAAGUGAAUUAGAGGAGUCCUAUUAGGUGGUGGUGAUUCAGCAGAUACGGUCAGGGUCAGCACUGGUCUAAACAGUGAUAAUGGUAGUAUUGCAGUCACAGAGGUUGACGCUAAUGGCGAUAGUAGCGUUUGUUCCCGAAGUAGGUAAUAUGCAAAUACAAAAUUUUCCCCAUGGUUCCUCGGAAAGUGCAGAUAUAUCACGUGAUAUAGAGUGUCAGGGAUCAUGGUCAGACAACUUCUCGGAAC